CAACUGUCAGUCAACAGCUAGUCGGGCUGCGCGAUAGGGGUGGUGGCGGCGGUAGUUACUGCCUCAGGCAGGGAGACCGACCGACCGGCCCGCCAACUGCAGAGUGGAGGGGUCGGCGAGCCAGGCGGAGGCGGAGGCGGGGAAGGCAGGCAGGCAGGCAGGCAGGCAGGCAGGCAAGACGCCAAUCUUUCAGCUGUGAGAUGGACCGGUACUCCCUCCGCCAUUAAAGACAGAAGGGCAGGCGGACCGAAGGAUUCCUUGCCCUGCCUCAAGCAAAUUAGGGAUCGGUAUCGCUUUCCCUUUGAUUCGGCGGGUCGUUUCAUUCACCUGGUGGGGGAGGUCGCCUCCCUUUCCCCUAAUUGAGGAGAGGCAGGUAUAAAAACCUGCCCAUUCACUCCCUUGGCCCCGCCGGGGACGCUUAGGGCUUGCCCCUCCUCCUAUUGCAGACAAGCCGAUAGGCGCUUCCCGCCCCCCCCCACCCCCCCCCCCAAAAAAAAAACCCGGGGACUCAUUGGGGAGGAAUCGGCGAAACUCCAGGCUCAGCCAUGCGCCCAACCUCUCUGCGGAGACAGGCGAAGGGGUCGCCCGCCCCUCUGAAAGAGGAGUAACAUAGACCGCCGGCCCUGCAGAUAGGCGCCCCCUUUCCUGCCUCCGCCUCCCGCCAUCCUCUUCCUCGCGAUGCCGCUGCCCCGCUCUUGCUGAGAGCCCAGGGCGAGGGAGGGGACGAAGGCUCUGGGCUUUUUUGUGGGGGGGGAGGGAGGGAGGGAGGGAGGCACCAUGGAGCGUCGAGGAGACCCGGCUUUCCACCUCCAGCAAAAUCUGGAAUUCAACGUGGAGAACGUGGAGCAGGCACUCCACCAGCUAUAUUAUGACCCCAACAUUGAAAACAAGAACCUGGCCCAGAAAUGGCUGAUGCAAGCUCAAGUAUCACCACAAGCUUGGCACUUCAGUUGGUUGCUUCUUGAUAUGGACAAGGUGCCUGAGAUCCAAUACUUUGGGGCCAGUGCCCUCCACAUUAAGAUUUCACGCUACUGGAAUGACAUCCCUGCUGACCAGUACGAGAGCCUUAAAUCACAGCUCUUCAGUCACAUAACUCAUUUUGCUAGUGGUUCCAAAAUUGUGCUGACCCGCCUUUGUGUGGCAUUGGCUUCAUUAGCGCUGAACAUGAUGCCAGAGGCUUGGCCAUGUGCUAUUGCUGACAUGGUACGCAUGUUUCAGGCAGAGGACUCUAACGUAGAUGGGCGAGCACGCUGCCUUGCACUCCUGGAACUUCUGACAGUGCUGCCUGAGGAAUUCCAAACCAGUCGUCUGCCUCAGUACCGCAAGGGGCAGGUACGUAGUGUCUUGUCACAGGAGUGCACAUCUGUGUUCCCUCUGCUAGAACAAUUGUUGCAACAGCAAGACUCUCCUGGUUUCAUUAAGCAAAAAGUGCUGAAGUGUUUCUCCAGUUGGGUGCAACUAGAGAUUUCUUUGAUGGAAUGUGAGAACUUGAUCCAAGCAUCUUUCACUUCUCUGCAUGAUCCAGAACUCUUCGACAUUGCUGUGGAGGCUAUUGUCAAUGCCAUUUCCCAGCCCGAUGCUCAGAGGUAUGUGAAUACUCUUCUGAAGCUCAUUCCACCGGUACUAGGACUCCAGGAGCAGCUACGUCAAGCAGUUCAAAAUAGGGAUAUGGAAACUUCUCAUGGGAUUUGUCGUAUUGCUGUAGCCUUAGGGGAGAAUCACUCUCGAGCACUUCUGGACCAGGUAGAUCAUUGGCAGAGUUUCCUGGCAUUGGUCAACAUGAUAAUGUUCUGCACCGGAAUCCCAGGACACUAUCCUGUGAAUGAGACCACAAGCUCACUUACACUCACUUUCUGGUAUACACUGCAGGAUGACAUUCUCUCUUUUGAUCCAGAAAAACAGGCAAUGUAUCAGCAAGUGUAUCGACCUGUAUAUUUUCAGUUAGUGGAUGUACUCCUACAUAAAGCUCAGUUCCCCUCUGAUGAAGAAUACAGUUGCUGGUCCUCUGAUGAAAAGGAACAAUUUCGUAUAUAUCGAGUGGACAUUUCAGAUACUUUGAUGUAUGUAUAUGAGAUGUUGGGAGCGGAACUGCUGAGCAGCUUAUAUGACAAACUGGGCCGCCUUCUGACAAAUUCAGAUCAGCCAUCCUCAUGGCAGAACACGGAAGCUUUACUUUAUGGGUUCCAGUCCAUUGCAGAGACCAUAGAUGUAAACUAUUCAGAUGUGGUUCCUGGCCUUAUCGGCCUCAUCCCGCACAUCAGCAUCAGCAAUGUACAACUUGCAGACACGGUGAUGUUUACUAUUGGGGCUCUAUCAGAGUGGCUGGCUGAUCACCCUGUAAUGAUCAACAAUGUCCUGCCCUUGGUAUUGCAGGCUCUGGGCAAUCCAGAAUUAUCUAUCUCUAGUGUCUCUACUCUUAAGAAGAUAUGCCGUGAGUGUAAAUAUGACUUGCCUCCGUAUGCUGCCAACAUUGUUGCUGUCUCUCAGGAGGUGCUAAUGAAGCAGAUUCACAAGACAAGUCAGUGUAUGUGGUUGAUGCAGGCUCUGGGUUUCUUAUUGUCUGCCCUCCAAGUGGAAGAAAUUUUGAAGAAUCUACAUUCGCUUAUAACUCCUUACAUCCAACAAUUAGAGAAAUUGGCCGAUGAAACGCCCAAUCCAUCUAACAAGCUAGCUAUUAUCCAUAUAUUGGGUCUACUCUCCAACCUCUUCACCACUUUGGACAUCAGUCACCAUGAUGAUGAUCAUGAGAACACGGAGGUUAAAAAACUGCCGGUGCCUCAGGGCCCCAAUCCGGUAGUGGUGGUAUUACAGCAAGUUUUCCAGCUCAUCCAGAAAGUGCUCAGCAAGUGGUUAAAUGAUGCCCAAGUUGUGGAGUCUGUGUGCUCCAUUUUUGAAAAAUCUGUGAAGACUCUUCUAGAUGAUUUUGCACCCAUGGUGCCUCAACUGUGUGAGAUGCUGGGACAGAUGUAUAGCACUAUUCCUCAGGCAUCUGCUAUAGACCUCACCAGGCAGCUGGUUCACAUUUUUGCCCAUGAGCCUGCCCAUUUUCCACCAAUCAAGGCGCUCUUUCUGCUUGUUACAUCAGUUACAUUAACCCUCUUUCAGCAAGGGCCCAGGGAUCAUCCUGAUAUUGUUGAUUCAUUUAUGCAACUCCUGGCACAGGCACUCAAACGGAAACCUGAUUUGUUCCUGUGUAGCAGCCUGGAUGUCAAAGCCGUAUUCCAUUGUGCUGUGAUCUCUCUGAAGUUUCCUGAAGCACCAACUGUCAAAGCUGCCUGUGGCUUUUUUACCGAAUUGCUGCCACGCUGUGGGGAGAUUGCACCUGUGGGACAAGUGGUACAUGAGAAUGGCAAAAUGUUGCUACAAGCUGUAAUUGAGGGCAUAGGUGGCCAAGCUUCACGAAAUUUGAUGGAUCAUUUUGCUGAGAUUCUUUUUGCUCUCAACAAGCAUUGCUUCAGUUACCUGAGUGUGUGGAUCAAGGAAGUGAUGCAGCAGGAUGGCUUUCCAUCGACCCGUGUCAGCCCUGAGCAAAAGGACAUUUUCAGCCAACAAAUUCUCAGGUGA